CCAUAUUACAUGACAAUAACACUAACGCUCAAAAGUUCAGGGUCAAAUUGAGACAUUGUUAAUGUGGUAAAUGACUAUUAAAGCUGGAAACGGCUGAUUUUCUUAUGGAAUAUCUAUUAUCUAUUGUCAGCAACCAUCACUCCUGUGUUCCAGUGGCACAUUGUGUUAAUCCACAGUUAUAGUGUUCAUUGAUCAUUAAAACAGCUGAGCAUUAUGUUAGCACAGCUGAAACUGUCCUGUACUGAUUUGAGAAGCAAUAAAAUGAUCCUUCCUCAGGUUAGUUGAGUAUCUAGAGGUAAAGUUGGAGAUUCGUACAGGUUAAAAUUAUUAUUUCUACCCUUGUCAAUGUCUUUACUAUAUUUUCGAUUCAUUGUGUUACUCAUUUCAUGAAUAAAACAGUUCGUUUUCAUGUGACCCCAAACUUUUGAGCGCUGGUGUAUGUCUGUGAUAUUUUUGUAUAUAAGUUUUUCUCUUUUUAAGAGAUUUGUCAAGAUUUCUAAAAUCCUGUACACUCUGUUAUUAUGGCAUAUAAGUGUAGAUUUAUGAGUGAAAAAUAUAAUUGUUGCACAAGGUUGCUACAUCAGAAAAUGGUGAUAGCAAUAGUGAUGGACAUGCUCACAGAUGUGCAGAUCCUGCAGGACCUGAUGGAUGCGGCCAGCCGGCGCUCUGUGCCUGUUUACAUCUUGUUGGAUAACCAAGCUGUGCCACACUUCCUGGAUAUCUGCUCCAGGCUGCAGAUCGGCUCGCAGCACCUUCGGAACAUCCGAACCAGAACACUUCAAGGAAUUGGCUUUGGUUUGUCCUUCGGCAGACUGCCUGGUUCACUCUGUAAUAAGUACAUGCUGGUAGAUGGAGACAAGGUCAUGUUUGGCUCAUACAGCUUCUCCUGGUGUACAUCUCGUAUGGACCGGAACAUGAUCACGGUGAUGACGGGGCAGGUGGUCGACUUCUUUGACCGAGACUUCCGAGAGCUUUACGCCAUCUCUGAGAAGAUGGACCUUUACAAGGAGUUCCACGUCAGCCCGCCUGCUACUAACUCGACCGCGACAUUACGCUCCAAAGUCGGCCCCAAACGGCCGCCUCUACCUGCGACCACGUCCCGCUUCCAGGUUAGUUUAGGGGAUUCACGGAAAGCAGACAUCCAGGUGCCUGCACACAAAUAUUACAACCCCAAAUACUCUCUGGUGUUUGGGGACAUACCACGUCCAACAGGGUCUCUGCAAGAGCCUGGACCCACAAGAGCGUCAAUUCUGGCUGAGGUUCCUGAGGAGAUGGACCCAGGAAGGCCGAGGGUAGCCAGCAGUGAGAAGGUAGAUCGUCUGAGUCCGCUGCCCUCAGAAUCCCCUGUUGAAAUCUUCAAGGGGCCCAAUGGAGUUCCUCAGGAGAAGAAGGGGCGAUUCCCAUGGAAGCAGAAAUUUUCCAAGGGGAAAUCAGCCAGUAAGCUAUCGAUUACCAGCCAGGGGGGCAGCAGUGCAUGCCCUUCACCCACAGAAACCCAUAGGAGCGACGAGAAUGAGGACAACUUUGACGUGAUCGUGAGAACUCCAUCCAGAUGGAAAAGUAAGAAGUCACCUAAACCGGACCCGAGUACAGACUCUGAGCAAACUGCCAGCACUGCACAGGACAAUCAGAGUGUUAAGAGUCGACGUCGAGGAAAAUGUAAAGUUUCCUGAGAGAAACCUGCCAGUCUCUGGAUUACAUUCUUAAAAUGGAUUACAAAAUGACUUCCUUAACACCUUUGAUUGUGCAAUAUUGUAAAUAUUUCAUCCAACACCUUACAUAAGACCAAAUGAAUGUGGAGUUCUUGAGGUACUGAUACAUGCAGUUUUUAUAGGUUUGGUGUCAAAUUUAAAUCAAAAGUACUUAAAGUAGAUAUUUUAGGAUUAAUAAGAUGGUGAUCCUUUGUGGCUUGAACACUCUGGACCUUUAGGGCAAUGUGUAAUAUGGCAAUAAUAUUGUUUCUCGCAACUAUCUCUGGGAUUAGAUAUUGUCCGACAAAAAGCAGUUACCAUGACAGACCUAGACUCGGCUUUGAUUGAUUUCUCCAUCUGACUCUCGCCAAUUAAAACCAAACCAAAGGAAAGUUUUAUAAAUACCUAUCUGUGUCACCAUAUGACAGUCUGGUACCGUGGGCCUUUACAUGUGGACAGUACUGUGCUACAUUUUCAUUUUCCUGUGUUGUCAUUAUUUGUGAAAUAACAUUGCAUAGCAUUUAUUACAGUGUCCAUUUGCCACACUUUUAAGUUAUGGGAUCUCUUCUACAGUGUGCAGAAUAAAUGGUUAAACAGCUUAAAUGUGCCACAAAUGUAUCAUUUAUGUGGCAGAAAUGUAUAUUCAUUGCAAUUCUUUGCUCUAGAAUGAAUGUCAUUUCAAACAUGAGGCAUCACUGUGAUGACAGCUCCACCCAGUGGUGACACAGUAGAACCUCUAACAAUUAAGAUGGAAAACUGAUGAUUGCACUGCACAAACCUACCACUAGCUGCCUCCCCUGCUUCUCUUUUCUGGGUGUUUGUUAACAGCUCAGACCUCAGAGAGGAACCACAGGCCUGAUGGGAACUCGGGGCUGAGUUGAGGUGGAGGGGGGAGGGGGUUGCUAGUUGGAUGUGGUGCAACACUGAAACAGGAAGUCAGAGCUGCAGCAGGAAGAGGCGUUAACUAAUUUUUAGCCUAUUUUUUCUGACACACAGUUGCAUUAACUUACCGCUAUGUUAUUUCCUGUGAGAAUUGCAUCUCAAUGUUUAUUCUUAAAUAUGGCAGUAUGGAAUUAAGGUCAGAUCUUGUCAGCAAGAUAUGUCCAAGUUGUUCCCAAAUUUACCACCUAGGAGACACAAGUUUGAUCAAAACAAACAUAUGUUGGAGUAUAUGAAGACAUUAACUGGGUCAUUAUAAGAACAAGUAAACUUCUUUUGCAGAAGAAAUAUAUAUUUGUAGUAUUUGUCUUUUUAUAUGUAUUUAAAAGGUAUGGAGAAUAUCUUUUAAACAAGGCUGGUUUAAAAAAAAAAAAGAUGUGUCUGCUUAAUAUAAUCAUUGUCAUGACCGUUGUUAAAUGUAACACUUGAUAGAUUGUUUUUAAUGUGCCGUUUAGACCUGCUACACACUAAAAUAUGGUCAUUAAAUCCUGCUGAUACAGUAGUGGCAAUAGUGACAAUCCUUUUUCACUAAAACAAAUUUAUACUGGUUCUUACAAUGACAUUUUUUCAAUAAAAUAUGCAAAAUC